GUUGAGGAAGUCGUGUAACAGAUCGGGGGGAUGAAGAGUCGCUGUUUGUUCUAACGCUGAGCCGCUGAAGAGUUCAGGAAGAGUCAAUAAAACCAUCCCGAUAGUACAAACUCACGCGCGCGUAUCAGCAUCGUGACACGCUAACGGGCGGCCGGAUCGGAACGCUUUUGCAUUAUGCAUUCGGACUGCAGGCUGCUGGGAUGGACGGGUCGGUAAUGGUGGGCAGAGGGACCAGAGGGGCUGCGGUCUUCAUCCAGAUCGUCUUCAUCCUCCUCCUCAGUGCCAGAAGCUCGCGGGCGCAGAAAGGGGACGGCUGUGGACACACAGUGCUGGGUGUGGGUAGUGGAAGCCUGGCGUCUCUGGGUUACCCUCUGUCCUAUCCAUCGAACUCCGUGUGUGAGUGGGAGAUCAGCGUGUCCCCCGGACAAACGAUCCGUGUGCACAUCGCAGACCUUGAUAUCAAUAAAAACAACUGUCAGGUGUCUUACCUUCGACUGUAUAAAGGCAUCGGACUUGGACGAUCAGAAAUCGUGAAGUUCUGUGGAGAGAGAGAAUGGAGAGACGCUCUAGUGUCGGAGGGACAUCAGAUCACAGUUCAGUUCAUGAGUGGACCCCACAGCAGAGAGCGUGGCCUCUUCCUCUCCUACAGCACUAGCCAGCACACAGAUCUCAUUACCUGCCUGGAGAAAGGAGAGCACUUCACUGAAGCAGAGUUCAGUAAAUUCUGUCCUGCGGGAUGCCUGACUGAUUUCGGAGAGGUUUCGGGAACCAUUCCACACGGAUACAGAGACUCUUCUCCACUCUGCCUGGCCGGAAUUCAUGCGGGUGUGGUCACCAACACUCUGGGGGGGCAGAUCAGUGUAGUCAGCAGUAAAGGCAUCCCACACUACGAAAGCUCACUGGCUAACAAUGUGACAUCUGUGGCUGGAAAUCUCUCGCCCAGUCUUUUUACCUUCAAGACGAGCGGUUGCUAUGGUACUUUGGGAUUAGAGUCGGGGGUGGUCAGUGGCUCUCAGAUCACAGCCUCCUCAGUGUGGGAAUGGGGCGGUCAUGGAAAGGAACCCACCAUCUGGGGCCCAACAGGGGCCCGUCUUAAAACUCGGGGACGUCCUUGGGCAGCAGCAAACAGUGACAUAAAAGAAUGGAUUCAAGUGGACCUAAAGAAGGAAAAAAGAAUAACAGGUAUUACUACCACUGGCUCCACCCUCUCAGAAUAUCAGUUUUACGUUUCGGCCUACGAGGUGUUAUAUAGUCAUGAUGGACAGCAGUGGAAUGGCUGUCAGGAAGUAGGAUCGGACAAAAACAAGAUUUUCCAAGGCAACACCAACUAUUUGCAGGAAGUGCGGAACAACUUUAUUCCUCCAAUCGAAGCGCGGUUUAUCAGGAUAUGCCCCUACCAGUGGCACCAGAGGAUCGCCCUUAAAAUGGAGCUGCUGGGCUGCCAACCGCAUACGGCAAGGCCAAGAAUAUUCCACUCAGCCCCUCCUCCGCCCCGUGGGAGAAGCACAGCUCCCCCUCUUCAGGAGAGGACGACACGCACGCCCAACGUCCGAAAUACCACCAUGACUCCUCACUCUCACGAUGAGGUGGCUCUGGUGGCAGUGUUGGUUCCGGUACUGGUGGUUGUCCUGAUGACCCCCGUCUUGGUAAUAGUGUGCUCGUGGCUUUGGAAGAACAGAAAAAGCCCAGAGGCAACUUAUGACCUUCCGCACUGGGAGCGCACAGUAUGGUGGAAGAGCAUGAAACAGUUGUUGCCCUCUAAGCUGGAUGGAGAUGAAUGUGUACGUUACAGUUCAACAGCACAAGUGGACCACCAGAGACCACGACUGGAGCCUGCAGAAUAUGCUCAUCCACUUGUCAGUGGUACCAUGGCAUCUCUGGGACAAAGGUCAACCUUUAAACCCGAGGAUGGUGAUGACCCGGAGUAUGAUGCGCCUAUUCCCCCAGAACAUUACCAUGCUUACGCUGAGCCCCUCCCUGCGUCUGGGGUUGAAUAUGCAACUCCAAUCAUGAUUGACAGAGCGAACCACCUAUCAGGAGGCACACUGCCCUUCAGAGGGCGGGGACUGCUGGCUCGGACAGACAGCAGCCAAUCAGCAAAUUCAGCCUACGACACACCCAAAAGCACAUCUGAUCAAGCCACAACCACCGAAGGACAGUUGUACCAGGUGCCUCAGAAUACCCACAAUGCACCAUGUCAGAAAACAGACUGACCUAUCGCAGAACAGGGUGACCGGUAACCCCUUUAGAAACUCUCAUCUGAACACUACCUUUACAAAUGCAGAUCAGCACAUGUGCGUUUGUGCACGCAUGCCGCUCGAAUCCUUCUCAAAUCGUACGCCGUGCAAGUCCUAUCACUGAAAUAACACGCAGGAAUGUCAGGAGAGAACAGCAGAGGUCUUGUUACACUACUGUGUUUUGUAGAUGUUUUUAUGUGUUCCCGUGUCUAAUGUGUGUGCGAUGUGUGAGUACAUAUAUGUGACUCUGCUAUCAAACUGUGAGUCCUUACAAAUCUGUAUAUUUUUCUGAGAGCUGUUAUGAAUACGUUUCAGCAGCUCAUCACAAGGCACGUUCUUCCCCUUAGACGGAUAUUUUCAACACCGACUCCCACACACAGACCACACUGUGGUCAUUUUGCACUUUUUAUUGUGUUCUGUUUUGACGUAAUCAUGCCACCUAAGCCGCAAAGUAGCACAGUGAUGGUGUUUUUAGCUCUGUUCCAAAACCUUGCUGUCAACUGCCUACUUGGGUAACUGCCUUCUCAGGGCACAUCCUGAUUUAAAGGGGUAGUUCAUCUAAAAAUUCAAAUUCUGGUAUUAUUUAUUAACCCUUAUGUCAUUCAAGACCUGUAUAUGAGUCUCUCAGUGGAACAUAAGAUAAUAUAUAUUGAGAAAUGACUGGACUUUGUGCCCAUACAAUGGGGCCCAAUGUUGUUGAGCGUUCUUCAAAAUAUUGACUUUUGUGUUGUACAGAAGAAAGUCAUAGGUUUGGAUUGAUAUGAAGAUGAAAAAAUAUAAUGAAAAAUAUAUGUUUUUGGUUUGUACUAUCCCUUUAAAGGUUAAUAAGAUUUGAACCAGUAAGAUUAAUAAGAUUUGCCACUCAAAUAUGACUCACAAUUGAUAGUUUGAAGUUAGCAUGUCGCUAAGCUUGCCAUUCUUUAACAAAAAAAACGGGGUAUAAGCAUAUGGGGCGAUGACGUACUUCUGCUAAAAUCUCAGCCAGCUUUGCCACUUCCGCUCUCAUUGCCCUGAAGUAAUUUUUCAUCAAGUGAUAACAAUGUGUUUUGUGAGAAAAAUUUCAGCAAACCGACAACACUACGGCUAAACAUUUCUUUAUAUCUUUUUCAUCAUGCUUCAAGAGCAAAGGUUUAAUUGGCUUUUUUCUUAUUUGUGGUUGUUACUUGAAAUGGAUAGCCUGAAGCGCUUCUCCUUUUUGGUUGUUGAUGUAUGACGUAGUGUUUGGAUAACUUGACUCGUUUCGUUGACCGUAAUCCUAUUUGCAUCUUGACGUGACCGAGUGAAAAAUCUCAUUGUUUCCAAUGGACGCUAACGUGCGCCGGAUGUAACAGAGCUGGCUGAAAUUUUAGCAGACGUACGUCACUCUUUGUCCAUAUACCCCAUUAGAGCAAACAAAUGAUACAUUUUGGCAAUACUUAAUAGAAAAGAAAAAUUUGUCUAUACUGUAGUUUAAUUUAACUUUCUUGCCGGAGUUAUUAUUUACAUUAAAUUUUGGCCAAAAUAAAUCAUUUUUUAAACAGUCUUGCAUCUUAAGCCCACCUAUAAUGUCUUAAAUAAUUUCCUUGGGAGGCAGCUCACUAGGUUUCGGAACAGACUUUCUUGUGCUUUAGUCAAAAUAGGUUAGGGUAUUGUAUAAUAAAACCUAAGUGAUGGA